AGUAAAUGCAACAUGAACUCGUGCUCCAUGUGGAAAGUUUAGUAAUUUAGUUUAGUUUGAAUUGUUCAAUUUAACUCAAAAUGAAAGACGAAAGUGAAGAGAACAAGCCUCAAACGCAGGCCAAAGUAACUUCUUUUGUGCUAGAAUCGUUUGAUUUACUUAAAGCUGCGAAAGACGACGCUAGAUUAACAGGAGGUACCAAAAUUAUAACACAGUUGCAAGACAAUGAGAAUGAAAAAGACGUGCAAUAUGUAUUGAAAAGGCUAGUUCGAAGCUUAGGCGCGAAUGUACCGGAUAUGAGGACGGGAUAUUUCGCCACCCUGGUCGCAUUGCUAACAAAAUUCGAUCAAAUCACCGUAACAAAGCUCCUGGAACUAGUGAAAAAAGAAUUGCACGCUAAUGGCUCUUCAAAAAGUGAAGUAGGAGAUGUCGCUCUGGGACAGAUAUUAGUGUGUGGAGCUGUUUUCCGAUCUGGAUUAAUAAUGAAAUGCACGACUGAAGAACAAACUGAAAUUAUUAAGCUCUUAAUGAGUGCAAGCAAAAAAAAAACAUAUUUAAGCACUGUUGCUUAUCUUAUUUUCCUGGAUUUCAUCAAUGGAUUAGAUGUUGAAAAUUUCACUUCAAUUGUUUGGUCAAACAUAAAACAAGAUUUCAAGAAAGAAUUAUCCGAACAUACUCUCGACUCUCUAUACUUUCUUAUGGUAGCAAACAAAAAGUUUCCAGAUGUAGUAAAACUCAGGAAAUUAAUUGGCACUUCUGAAAUACUGUGUGAAGAUAAUAUCCAACCAGUAUGUGAGAAACUAAUGACCGGUGUUGAUUUUUCUUCACUGAAUCAUCCUAUCUAUAAAGAGAUAGGAGCGCAAAUAGCAAACUCACCACAUCUGCAACUUUUCUGGUUAUCGGGUAUUGACAGUCAACUCACAAAACACAAUCGUAACAGAGAACUGGUCGCUGUUAACAUACUAACUACGAUAUUCAACAACAUUGAAAACAAUCAUGAGGUCUUACCGGAAUUGAUAAGUCGCAAUUUUUUCAAACUUUUUAUUGAUUGGUUCAAAGGUUUGCAGACAGCUAGUAAAAUAAGAAAUAAAAAGGACAAUGAGGAUGACAAUAAAAUUAUGAUUAAGAAACAAAAAGAACUUCUGAAUUCACUCUCAAAGGCAUUAAAGUCUGAGAAUGUUGAUGGAAAAAUAAGAGUUGAAAUAUUAAAGAAACUACUUUUCAAUCCUGGAGAGAUGAAUUUCAUUGAGAUAACAGGCACCUCUGUGGUUAAAAUCAUUAUCUCCGAUUUAGACAAGGAUGGUGUUAAAAAAAUGGCCAAGCUAUUCAAAGGAGUACUAUUGAAUUCUUCGAAGAAAUUCAUCAGGGAAGGUACAGAGAGAAUCUGGUAUAAUAAUGAAAGGGUGAAAGCAGCUGAAAUGCUAUCUUAUUUAGUAAGUCACGAGGUAGUUAAAGACGACGUAGAUUUUAAAUUAACAUACAUGAAACUCCUCAUGUGUUUUGGCUUCUUCAAAAUUGGUGGUGAUGAAAAUGUUGCUAUCAGUAUAGAUUUAUCAGUGGCAAUAAAAUCCUGUUUCUAUCGUUGCUUCACAUCCCGAUUCUCAAACGUCGAUAACUUAGUCUCUGUAUUAUCAUCACUUUGUGACUUCAUCCGAAAUUUACUUGAAAAAGAACAAAUACGCUCCAAACUCGAAAAACAGUUCCCCGAAGAAAAUAUGGAAUGCUGGAAAAUGCUAAUGGAGGUCUGCUCGAAUAUAGAAAAGAAUAACUCAAAGUCCAAAGUAGAGAAUGUAUUUCUUAUAUUACUCUAUCAGCUUGGUUUGUUUCUAUUUUCUGAACCCACACAUGUAAAAAUUGCAACAAGUUCUAUAAAGGAGUUAAGGAGUUGUUAUGAACACUACAAAAAAGGUAAAAAGAAAAAGAAAGUUGUGAAGGAUACUGACAUUAAUGGGAAUCUAGAGUGGAUUGAAGUUUUAGUGGAAGUUUUGCUAUCGAUACUGUCAGCUGAGUCAAGUGUACUGAGAUCAGUAGUACAGUGCGUAUUUAGGCUUUUAUGGGAGUAUUUAACACCAUCAGCUAUCGAACAGAUUGUAUCCGUGUUAGACCCCGAAAGUGAAUCUAAUCCAUUGACUCAGGAUAGCGAAUCUGAAGCCGAAGAAUCAGAUGGAGAGGAGAACAUUGAAGAAAACAGUGACAAUGAAAGUGAUAGUGAAGUAGACGAUGAAAAUGAUGAGGAGGAAAUGAAAACGCCAGAUCAAUUACGGAUGGCAGUUCAAAAAGCAUUAGGAGCAGCCGCCACAAGCUCUGAUACGGAAAGCGUGGACGCAGAUAUGCUCGAUGAAGAAGAAGGCAAGAAAUUAGACGAAGCUCUCGCGGAAGCAUUCAAACAAUACCAGCAAGGUAAAACAAAGAAAACAAAAAAAGACCGUAAAGAUAAAAAAGCGCUUUCAGACUUUCGAAUACGCGUCUUAGACUUGAUAGAUAUAUAUUUGGAGAAGGACCCAUCUAUGGAUAUUUGUCUAGCGAUGAUUGCGCCGUUGACAAGAUGCCUCGAAUUUUGCUUACAGGACAACCAGUUGAGUGAGCUCGAAAACCGCGUAAGGAAAACUAUUAAGAAUCUGACGAAAAUAAGGAAGUUUUCUUCGACAAAUGAUGUUACUGCAAAAAUACUCAGCGACUAUCUGAGAUCAGUAAUGGAUAAAGGGGAAAGAUCCCACUUUAUGUAUCAAGCUUUAGGUGAUGUUGUAACAUACUUUGUGACGUUUAUAAUACAUUGCUCACAAAAAAUCGAAAGCAGUAGUUUAAAGUCACCAAAAAAGCUUAAAACGUCUCCCAUCAUGGAACUGCUAAAAGAAGCAACACAAAACUACUUUCAGAACCGCAGUUGCUUGUUACCAAUCAUUCUGUUUCACAACGUUCUACAAAUGGAAUGGGAAGGAAUUUAUGAGUUAGCCCCGAUCGUAAUAGAGAAUGUGUUCAAUCCCGAAGUUAGACAGUUCCGGCGCAACGAGGGAUUGGAACUUUUGGCGGGCCUGUAUCGAGCCUUGAAGAGAAACAAACCCGAAACGGAUAAAGCGCUCGCUUGUCUAGAUAAUUUGGAAAAUAAAUUUGAUAUUACAUUAAGAAAAACACUGAAGGGGCAACAGCAAUUGGCUGUCAAAAACAAUUUCUUCCUAUUACUAAAAAAAUUGAUAAACAGCAUGAAAAUUUUCCACGAGAGCUGCCAUGUUAAAUGUAAUUUAGAUUUUAAUACUUUGUUAGAAAUCGUAGGUUCUUGUAAGGGUACACUAAAAGCGAGUGAAAAUAAUAAGAAAGCUAAUGCGAUUAACCAAAAUAGUAAAAAUGGUGAAAUCGCGAGUAAGCAGCCUAAAAAAAAUUUAAAGAAUAAUAUAAAAAACAAAAGAAAACUAGAACACAUGAACGGACACGCUGAUGCGCACGGAAAGAAAAAACGAAGAGAUUCUGAAACAGUUGAUUUGUAAAAUAUUUUUUGUAUAAUUUAUCAUUUU